UGACGUUACGUCGCAGCCUCGGUAAUGGCAAGUGACAGAGGGUGAGGAAGACGAGGCGAAACUUUUUCAGCUACUAGUUGCUAUUGGUUGUUUAUAUGCUUGACAACAACGGUAGUGUCGCUUUCUUCUACUUUGACUGUAAGUCAGCGUUGUUGUCGGUUGAGUGAGAAUUCACCGUCUUCCGCGUGAGGCUAACUAACGUUAAAGUCGUGAACGGUGGUCUGUCGGUCACGAAGUAGCUGAAUUACACAGAAGUUUGUUCGACUUCGAGUUAGUUAAAUACGUAGAGACGCCGAAGAAAAGAAGCUAUGACCAACAGAGAAGAUGAAUAUGACUAUCUUUUUAAAGUGGUGCUGAUCGGAGAUUCCGGUGUGGGGAAGAGUAACCUGCUGUCUCGCUUCACCCGAAAUGAGUUCAACCUGGAGAGCAAGAGCACCAUCGGGGUGGAGUUUGCUACGCGCAGCAUCCAGGUAGAAGGCAAGACCAUCAAGGCUCAGAUCUGGGACACAGCGGGACAGGAGCGAUACCGAGCUAUCACUUCUGCGUACUACCGUGGAGCAGUUGGAGCUCUCUUGGUUUACGACAUUGCCAAGCACCUGACGUAUGAAAACGCUGAGCGCUGGCUGAAGGAGCUGCAGGACCACGCAGACAGCAACAUAGUUAUCAUGCUAGUGGGAAACAAAAGUGAUCUACGCCACUUAAGAGCGGUGCCAACAGAGGAGGCCAAGGCCCUUGCAGAGAAGCAUGGCUUGUCUUUCCUGGAGACAUCAGCGUUAGACUCCUCUAAUGUGGAGCUGGCUUUCCAGACUAUUCUCACAGCCAUCUACAACAUCGUAUCACAGAGGCAGAUGUCAGGGCGAAGCGACUCGGACUUCUCACCAGCCUCCAACGUAGUGCCCAUCACGGUUGAGCCCACCCAAAACUCAGCCACUAAGGGUGUCUGCUGCCAGAGCAACUGAGACCUUACCACUGACCUCCUCCUUCACAUCCCAGGCAUUUGGAGAAACAGCCAGAUAGACAAACAGAGACAGGCAGAUGGACAGGGAGAAUGGAGAGACAGGUAGAGGUAACCAUUUCACACAAGGAGGACACUUGUACAGGGGUUGAUUUGUCUAUUGUCUGGUUAAGAAAACGUAA